AUGCAGUCAGACAUUUUCCUGGAUGUGGAAAAGGCUGGAAUUACCCUGCUGUUGUCUGGAGUCUUCCUGGCUCUGGUCGGUGUCGCAUUCACUGCCAUGGCCUGGCAACGCUACCAAUCCAACUCCAGCUUUGAGUGGACCCAAUUGCUGGGGCCAAUUCUGAUCUCUGUCGGGGGCACGUUCAUGCUCACCAGCUCCUGCAGUUUUCCUGUCCCGAUGGAGGUCCGACCAGACGAACAUGCAAUAAUCCGCUCCAGUCGUCCAGGAUCAGCGGGCCUCGGAGUCCGGGCUUGGUCCUGGGACUCUGUGGCUUUCAUCUCAAUGUGA